AUGCCCCGCGGGAGCCGCAGCGUGGCCGCCCGGCCGGCCAGCCGCCCCGCCGCACCUGCCGCCCACCCGCCCGCCCACCCUCCGCCCUCGGCCGCCGCGCCGGCGCCCGCCCCGUCGGGCCAGCCGGGCUUGAUGGCGCAGAUGGCGUCCACGGCCGCCGGGGUGGCCGUGGGCUCGGCCGUCGGGCAUGUCAUGGGCAGCGCCCUGACCGGAGCCUUCAGCGGGGGGAGCUCGGAGCCAGCCCAGCCUGCCGCUCAGCAGGCCCCUGCCCGUGCCACCUCCCAGCUGGGGCCCUGCGCCUAUGAGAUCCAGCAGUUCCUGGACUGCUCCACCACGCAGAGGGACCUGACCCUGUGUGAGGGCUUCAGCGAGGCCCUGAAGCAGUGCAAGUACAACCAUGGUCUGAGCUCCUUGCCCUGA